AUGGAAGGCGAGCGCCUGCCGCUGCUGCCGCGCGCGUCGACCGUGGAGGAGGCGCGGCUGCGCAACCUGGGCAAGCGCGUGAAGCUGCACUCCAAGCGUCUGCGGCAGGUCUGGCCGCGCAUCGCCGGCUUCCUGGCGCUGCGGGACGUCGUGUCGCUGGGCUCCUCCUGCCGCCGACUGCAGCGGCUGCUGGACAAUGAUCGAGUGUGGCAGGGUCACUAUGAUCGAGUGGCGAGUCAGCAUGUGACGAGGCUGCUGCUGCCGCAUUUGGAGACGCGAUUUGACAGUGAACUCUCGACUAAAGAGAAGCUCCGACGAGUGAUCCAUGCUCGACAUGUCCAUGAUCCGACCAAUGCUCUGCAGAACCGACUGCGGGAGGCGGAGCGCGAGGUGUAUCGGCUAGAACUGCGGCAGCACAAGGUGCGCAGUGUGGUGUGGAUGAAUGUGCCGCUGGUGCUGGCGUUGUGCUGCUUGAGCGCGUGGAGCUAUACCACUGCAACUGAUGAGGAUGACUACUCAACUGGUACCGCUUCGGCUCAGCUUCGUGGGGCAGGAGAUGGCAUCUCUCAGUCCGUGCAAGGCAAUCCUGUGAAGAAGUUUGUGCUUGUGACAGAUUUACUGCUGUUGGUCGCUGUGAUGAUCUUGAGUGUGGGGGACUUGGCAGGCAAAGCACUGUACACGGUGGGAGUGCUUGCCGCCAUUGAGGCGGCCGUGAUGCUGGCAGAGUUCGUCGCCUGGUCAUCGCCUUUGCAAGUCUCCCAUUCUGUCCUGGUGCUCGCGAUUCUUGUGUUCAAUGCUGUGCUGAUCACCAAGGAGAAGAAGGAAUACCUCCGCGAGAUGGCGGCGUUCUUGCCAUCCUAUUGAGUUUUUGCUGGAGAAGAGAGCUCAGCUGAAUGAAUGAAAUGAACGGCAAUGGUGUAUUUCAUGAUAAUUGCCACACAAAAAUCAAAUACCAACUCUAUUCCCUGUUCC